CCUGCCUUUAGGUUGCUGUGCAGAGGUGUCACUGACAGCAGGGGAGGGAGGGGGGAUACUGUGAGAGUUAAAGGCUGAAGGGGUUAAGGCUGCGCUCAGAAUAGGAUUCCCCCGGCCCCCCUCCCCUCCCCUCUCCUCUUCUCCUCGGGAUUUCUUGGCUUUGGUCAGGAGCACUUGCCGAUCUGUUGCUGCUGUCCUUGGUGAUGCAGAGCUCAAUCCAAUUAGCUUUCACCUCUAGAUCCUCUGAGCCAGAUUGUGGGAGAUGCAGCCCGGUGUGUCCCUGGCUGCAGGAGUGAGUGUGUGUGAUGGUGUGAGUGUGUGACUAUCAUGUAUCUGCUGCAGCUGACUGUGUCUCCAAGCUGUGCUAGCUGAGCUGCUGCUGCUGCUGCCUGCUCUCCCAUUCCUCACUCCAUCCACAGGCGCAGCACAUGGAGAGGAUGGACCCCACACACCUCCAGCAGGGCUAGGCUGCCUGGCGCUGCAUGCCACUCCUGCUCUAGCCCCUGGCCUUGCACACCUUUCCCCCCUUUAGACUUGUUGAGCUCUGGAACGGUCCAACAAGCACACCAUGGGACAGAAGAACAUGGUCCAGGGCAGUGCGAAGUGUCUUCUCGUCCUACAGAACAUCUAGAACCUCUGGAUAAGGGAUGAGCCCACCCUUCCUGAGGCUGGACAGUUUGCUCUCUAAGCAAGCUUGAAGAGAGGGCCUCUGUCUGAUCUGGAACCUGCCUGAAUUUUGACAAAUCUCCUCUGUAUUCCCCAUGACAGCCAACUCCAAGAAGCUCCACUAAGUCCUGUCUUAUACGCAAAAUGGCAGAAAAAGCUCCACCUGGACUGAAUCGGAAGUCGUCAAGAUCAACUCUCUCCCUUCCCCCAGAGCCGGUGGAGAUAAUUAGAAGUAAAGCAUGUUCACGCAGAGUGAAAAUAAAUGUAGGAGGCCUCAACCAUGAGGUCUUAUGGAGGACUUUAGACCGUCUGCCAAGGACUAGAUUAGGGAAACUGAGAGACUGCAACACACAUGAAACACUCCUGGAAGUCUGCGAUGACUAUACCCUAAAUGAGAACGAGUAUUUUUUUGACAGACAUCCAGGAGCUUUUACUUCCAUUUUAAAUUUCUAUAGGACAGGGAAGUUGCAUAUGAUGGAGGAGAUGUGUGCGCUGUCGUUUGGCCAGGAGCUGGACUAUUGGGGAAUUGAUGAAAUAUAUUUGGAGUCUUGCUGCCAGGCCAGAUACCAUCAGAAGAAAGAACAGAUGAACGAGGAGCUGAGGCGAGAGGCAGAGACUUUGAGAGAGAGAGAAGGAGAAGAAUUUGAUAAUACAUGCUGCCCGGAGAAACGGAAAAAGCUUUGGGACUUACUGGAGAAGCCAAAUUCAUCAGUAGCUGCUAAGAUUUUGGCGAUUAUAUCAAUCCUAUUUAUUGUGCUUUCGACCAUUGCAUUAUCACUGAACACACUACCUGAUUUGCAAGUGCCAGAUGAGUUUGGACAUCCAACUGACAACCCACAGCUGGCACAUGUUGAAGCUGUAUGCAUUGCUUGGUUCACAAUGGAGUAUCUCCUACGCUUGCUGUCUUCACCAAACAAGUGGAAGUUCUUUAAAGGGCCACUGAACAUUAUUGAUUUAUUGGCCAUUUUGCCAUACUAUGUUACAAUUUUCCUUACAGAAUCCAACAAGAGUGUUCUGCAGUUUCAGAACGUUCGAAGGGUGGUUCAGAUAUUCAGAAUUAUGAGGAUAUUGCGCAUCCUUAAACUUGCCAGACAUUCAACAGGUCUGCAGUCACUAGGAUUCACACUCAGGAGAAGUUAUAAUGAGUUGGGAUUAUUGAUAUUAUUUUUAGCAAUGGGGAUAAUGAUAUUUUCUAGUUUGGUCUUUUUUGCAGAGAAAGACGAAGAUGCCACAAAAUUUACAAGUAUACCUGCAUCUUUUUGGUGGGCCACCAUAACCAUGACAACUGUUGGGUAUGGAGAUAUUUAUCCCAAGACGUUGCUUGGUAAAAUAGUUGGGGGUCUUUGUUGCAUUGCUGGAGUGCUAGUGAUAGCGUUGCCUAUUCCAAUCAUAGUUAACAAUUUCUCAGAAUUUUACAAAGAGCAGAAGAGGCAGGAGAAGGCAAUAAAGAGGAGAGAAGCGCUUGAAAGAGCAAAAAGAAAUGGGAGCAUUGUGUCCAUGAAUCUGAAAGAUGCAUUUGCCCGCAGCAUGGAGCUGAUUGAUAUUGUCGUAGAUAAGUCCGCUGAUGGAUCUAACAAAGUAGAGAAAGCUAAUGAUAACCAUUUGUCUCCAAGCCGAUGGAAAUGGGCACGUAGGACAAUGUCUGAAACAAGUUCAAAUAAAUCAUUUGAUAAUAAAUAUCAGGAGGUCAGCCAAAAUGACUCUCAGGAACUAUUAAACACUUCUUCCAGCCCACAGCAUCUCAGUGCCCAGAAGCUAGAAGAGUUGUACAAUGAGAUCACCAAAACGCAUUCCCAUCCCAGUGUUAACUCUGCAUACCAUGAGCAGUCUAUCAUCCCUCCUGCAUAUGAGGAGGAAAUAGAAAUGGAAGAUGUUUCCUCAAAGAGAAACCAGCUAUCAGUUGCUCCAAAAGAUAUAAUAACGGACAUGAGAAGUGUUUCCAGCAUUGAUAGCUUUGCUAGUUGUGCAACAGAUUUUACAGAAGCAGAAAGGUCCCCUCUUACGCCAUUCCAAGGAUGUAACUUGGAAACUAGGUUUCCUUCAAAUCCUGUGCCUGAGGAAGGCAGCCAAGAGGUCAAAGUGUCUCAGUACCUGCCACGUUCAAAAUAUACAGGUUUUGCUCCCAAAGAUGUCACCUUUGAAUAUAAGUUAUCUGAGGCACCUGCCAAAAGUGAUAGUGGAACCCCAAAAAUAAUUUUGCAAGAGCAGGUCAGUAAUGAACUGGACAAUGGCCAGAGUUUACAGAAAAUUAACAACCCACUUAAGGCUAGAUCCCUGAAAGUUAAUUUCAAACCAUCAAAUAGCAGCACUCUCCAAAAUCCAACAAAACUGACAAGCACUUUACCACAAAGUACAAUAGAUCAUCCAUUGUACACUCAUCUUCAGUUAAGUACAGUUUUUCUGCAAGACUAUUCUUCAUCGGAACAACCAACACAGCCACAAACUGAACAAUCAGGUGGCUUUUCAAGACCUUCAACGUCACCUUCUCGAAACCCCAUCCUUGUUUCACUCUCUUCAAAGAAGAGAAGCAGCUUUACAGAAAUCAACACAGAAGACGAUGACUUCAUGCAGGUAUGUGGUGCACAUCAUGAAACUCAGGAGGACAUAAAAAACAAUUGCACCGAGGAACAGGAUGAAGGCAACAACGUGACUGCAGAAACUGAUAUUCUCUCUCUUCAAAAAAAUAUCAAUGUAAACUGUACUCAGGACAUUUACCUGGCAGGAGAGGACAGGAACCCGGACAAUAAUCAGGAGGAAAGCAAAGUAGAAAACCAUUUAUUUAUCCCAGAAAUCCACCCUGACACUGGCGAAAUAGGCUACUGUCAGACACGUGAGACCAGCAUGUGACUAGCUCAAAGAGCAAUAAAGACUUUUUUUUUCUUAAAAGCACUAGAGGUUGAUAACGUCUGUGAACUUAAAGGGAAAAACCUCAAAAACUAUUAAUUUUGCAUGGCAUGAAGAAUUGCUUAGUUAAAUAGUUCAGGAACUACCUUUUAUAACAAUCCAUAUAAUGACUCAAUGGCAGCGUGUAAUAAUGAAAGCCCUUAAGAGCCAGUGUACUGCAAAGCCUGACAUUCUUGAUCCUUUAAUCCAUGAUUGUAGAUGUAUUCUGGAACGUUUAUAAAAGCGGUGUACAGUUUGCACAAGAAAGGAUUAAGUGUCAAUGCAUGCAUUAAAAAAACGGAAAUGAGGUACUGUGAGCUUUAAGAAAGCCAAUAUGUGUACAUACUGUAUGUUAGCUAGAAGACUGAAUAUAAACAAAGUAUAUAAUGAGAAUCCACUAAUUAGGACACAGGUACAGUACUUCCUUCACAGCGUGGAAGACUUGUAUAGACCUAUCAUGUUGCAGAAGUGCAACUUUGCUGUUAGCUGGUCCAGUGAUGUAAAGGUUUGCAUUAUAACACACUACUACAAAGUGCACCAACACUGGAAUCGUUAUGCAACUCAAGUAAAUGCUUUCUUUUCAGAGAUCUUUGUUGGUUUAAAUUAAGAAAAUAUUUUUUAUUUUAUUUUUUGUGCUAUAAACCACUACAGAUUUUGCUGUGCAUAAAAGAUUGUUUUUGCAUUUCUUACUAAAAAAUAAAUAAAAAAAAAUAAAGCAAAAAUAAAAAAAAAACAGGCAAGAUUUAACAAACAGAAAUUUGAGUGUGAAGACUGAUAUUUAAUGUGUUAACUUGCCAAAAAUGUUGUCAAUAAUAAUUUCCCACUGUUGAGUACAAAAGUACGGUUAUUGAUUGCCACGUAAAUAGUGCCAAUUGCCAUGAAAUAACUCAGUUUCUCAAUAUACAUGUUGAAUGCCAUGUUGUUUAGUACUUUCCAGUCUAUAUUAUUUCUCUCUUAAGGGGCUGUUGAUUAAUCAGGGACAGAGCAGUUUCAACACUUCCUUAUAAAUCAAUUAUAAACACAAAUCAAUUACCUAUGUUACAUUCUAAUCUGUAUAUACCACUAAUUAAAUCAGUCCUACAAACCAGAUCAAGUGAUGUGCUCAUUAUAAUGUUGUGCCCCCUGCAGAGGUAAUAAAUGUGAACAUUCUAGUGCAGUAACUGUUGGCACAAGACUUUGAAAUGUUACUAGUAUGGCAGAGUGAGCAUGGGUUUGAUGCAGUCACAGGCAGUCCCACCUUUAUAUUAUGUCAAUCAGGUUUUUCUAGGUGGAAAGUCCUGACUUUACCAAGUGCACUGCAGCACAAAAGGCAGGCGUUCCAGGAAUAGGACCCUUCAUCAUUCAAUUUUUGUAGUGGUAAACUUACUACUACUGUAUAGUUAGAGAAAGCUUGGAAUACCAUAUCAAACCUAUACUAGCACACACACAUGCAUAUAUAUAUAUAUAGCCAACUUCACAGUGUCACUGCAGAUGCCCAUAACGGAAACAAGAAAUCACAUUUCUGGAUUCUGAAACUUACUUUAGCUAUAUGGGACACUUACAAGCUUUUUCACAUUCUUGGUGCAGGAUCGCUAGAUAAGCAGAGGUAUUCUGCAUGAGCUUGGCUAUCCAGUAAUACUAGAGUACAGGCUACUUGAUGUACUGUAAACCAUAGAAACCAACUAUUAAUCUAUUGGCAAUUUAGCACUGUCAGACAAAUGAAAGCUAAUUUCAAAGUGGUUGCUCUGGGUACAAUACACAAUUUAUUUGCACAGUUUGGGGGAAAUCCACUAGGUUGGAUCUUGGUUGGACGCAUCCGCAGUUGCAUUUGACCGUGGCAGCCUACGUACAGUAUUUCCUUAAGAUAAAGUGAGAACCCGCCCAUGUAUACUAAAAAUCUGUGUACCUGCAUGUGGAAGGCCAUGUCGCCCUCUGCAGUCACAACUGUCAUCAUUAGUGUCUGGCAUUGCACCAGCCCAUAUCCGUCUGGAACAGGUGUCCAAUUUCUGCCGGCAGGCGACGAACGAGUUAGAAGCCAGCAUACUCCUCCAAGGCACUCCCAUGAAACAGAACACAUGGUCACCAACCAGAAAUGCCCAUUUAAGGAUAGUGUGCACCAUCUACGUACGGAUCAAUCCACAUGAAUAGUGAAUUCUGUCCAUGAACAUAUGUAUAUCUGAGCAUGCCCAGAUACAGUAUGCAGAUAUCCCCGAGAUGCGUCCGCAUUUUCACACACAAUCAGGCCCUCUGUCUGCGUGAAAGCUCUAAUUAAAAUCCCAGAAAAAAGUAGUAAUGCCUACAAGCCAGUUUUCAGCAUUAAAAAUGACAAUUAAUUUGGAGCUAUAGCUCUGUUUGAAGAGGCAUACGAAAUUGUGUUUGGUUUCAAAAUCUAUUUAACUAUGUCCUAUUUUGUUUUCUUAAGAGAGAUACGGGUAUGUAAUAGUGUUUAACUGGCAUAUACAGUAGGCAGCAAAUCUGCCUAAAAGCUAAUGCAGCACAGGGUGAGGUAAGGUGGACAUUUAUUAUUCAGCACACAGAGUAUGUGCUCCCUGUUACUGAGCUUGAGGUCUUUUCAGUAAUUUAUUUAUGUUAGUGGGCAGGCAUUUGGGACCUCACAAUUUAAGAAUAACCACCGAUUUGAAUGCACUGACAAACCGAUGCUUAUUAUUGGAACAGCAGGAUAUUUAUAGUAGACCAUUAGAACUGUGGAGGUGCAGUGUAAAAUGUUGCAAGAUGGCGAUACGUUCUUUUAUUUGCAGAGUAAAUCGGUAGUAAUGACAACAGCCUAUUGUUGUGGAAAACUGCAAAAAGGAGAUCUCAUUUUGCAGAGCAUGAUUAAAAUUAGAUAAAGGGGCAGAAGGGCCCAUUUUUAAGGAUGAUUGCUUACUUGUAGAGGAGCAAACAACACUUGUAUUCUACACCAGCUCUGCACAUCAUGAACGUCCCCUCAUGAUUAAUCUAAUACACAACUGAGGCUAAAUUUAGAAGUAUAAUAAGUGGAAAUAAAAAAAAUAAUAAUGAAAGGUAUGGUUCCUUAGUGGCAGCGAGCUUAUGUUUGCCAUUUUGCAGUGUGCCUCGUCUGAUUUUCCCACUUCCCUGCAAACCUAGACACUAGUUUGAAGCUGUAUUUCAUAAUGUGUCAGCAUCUGAGUACAGUACAUCUGUGCAAAACCAGCUGAGUCAUAACUGAUACACACCCCAUUUAUCCUGCAGCACUUUUGCCAAACAAUUUACAAAUGUGUGGCCUACUCGCCUACUCUCCCGGAACGGACAGGAAGCUCCUGAAUAUCUGGUGGUAUUCCCCCGGCCCCCCCAGAAAGGUGGGCAAGUAUCCCAAAAUUUGCCUGCCCUCACCAGUUACCCUGACAAUGAUGCGAUUAAUCAAAGCUCCCCCCCCCCCCCCCCCGCCUGCCGUGCAAUGUCGGUAAUCUCAGCAUUGUAUAGCAGGUGUGUAGCCAUGGUGGCAAGAUCAAGGAAACCAUGCCCCCCCCCCCCCCAUUUGUCUUGCCUCGCCCAUUAUGACUCGCACGCUCUCUUGUACUGAUCCAUGCUAUGCUGACCUGGCUGUCCUCUCCUGAACUGGGCAGCCAGAAUGUCGGCAACUCUGAUGUGUGGAGUAGCAGCAAGUUGCUGAGAGUUUGAGAGUAGUAGUGACGUCAGAUGGGAAUAAUUAGCACUAGUGCUUUCUAGAUGUGAUCGGGGUCAACCAGCAUGUAAUAGAUUUAGAUGGUAUUCUUAGUCCUUGUGAACACAGGAGGAAAUUUCAACUCUCAACACUGAAACUUUUGUAACUGAAUUUUUUCUUAAAAAGCACAGCUUAAUAUAGCCUAAUGUAUGGCUUAAAUUCAUCAUGAGAUCAAGGUGCAUCAGAAUUGGUCUUUCUACAGUGAAAAUGGCUAUGCGUGCAUUCACAGGGAACGGAAGCCCACUAAAAUGGACCAUCUCCACCUCUCUCUUUCUCAUUUCAGUAAUCUCGCCCUGCAGUCUGAAAUGUUUGAAUUGCUCUGCAAAGUGGGCGCACUGGUGCACCUAUUUUGUACUUUAUUAAGAAUUACUUUAUUCUGCCUAAUUCUUUCUAAUCCCCUGUGCUGACAACCAUGUUACUCCACAAACCUUCCCGCUCCUGUAGAAUUCUGAGCGCCCUUGCAAAAAUUAAGGAAUGCACUGGUGCCAAACCUUUUUUUUUUGUGAAAACGCAUAGGAUCCGUGAUAAGUUCAAGGACCUAUCUGUUUUUGAGGAUGUGAUUGCAAAUACAGGGCACUUUUUGGGGAUUUUUUACGGAACCUGAGUGGGCCCCGAAAAAAAAAUCCCUGAUAACUGCCGGCAUCAGGCUGGCUUUGGGGCUAAUUUGAUAGCCCCGGGGUAUCAAUCAGCCCCUGGAAAUUUACCAUUGGCAUAAGUAGAAAGUAACCCUUUGAAUGUAAUUUUUAAAAAUGAAAAAGAUGUCUGAGAUGCACUUUAUGCCCUAUAUCAAUACAUUUUUAGGGAAUAAAUUUGCUGUGUUAACAGCUUAACUCCUAUGUACUAAAAAUGGAUAUAAUAAAAUAAUUAUGAUAUAAUAACAGACAAUACAUUACAUGUCGGGGUAAUUUGAAUUUCUAGCUGCCCCCCUGCUAUUUGUGUCAGUGCUAGUGGGAUAAUUAAAGGGUAUCGGGACAGGUCAAUACUCAAUGGCAUUGGUGGCAUCAACUAGUACUGACACGACUGAACGCACGUUGCCUUUAACAUGCAUUUACUAUUAGCAUUUUCACUAGUAUUCUGAGUAUCCUGUAGGCGUACCCAAUAGUAAGUACAUUGGUUAAAAAAUGCAUUCCAAACACCAGGAAACAAAGAAAUGCUGCCACAACAGGAAAUGUUAGUAAAAGCAGUAGUAACUAAGUACUGUAAGACUAGCAACAAUGGUUUCUAGAACCAGACCUCAAUGCACUAUUAAAAUGUAUAGAAUAAACACCAGUGGGUAUGGGGCACAAAGCACUUCUUCUAAACAUGGCAAGAGCACAAAUUAUACAAAUGUGUGCAUAAAUACUGUAUACAUGUCUUCCAUGCCCAGGUAUACACAAAUGCGCAUCCUCACUAAGUUAUGCUAGUCCUCAAAGAUACAUAGAUCAACAUUCUGCAAAAUGGUGGUCAAUGAUAAAAAUUCUCACGUUGGUCACAGUGACGAUUUUACUUACAGUCACUUCACUUCAGUAAGUAUGAGUAAGGCGCCAUUGGGCUGUCUUCAUUUUAUGUAUGUACAUUUGUCCAUUUUAUGGCUAAUUGUAAUUAUAGUGUACAUAGAUCAUUCAUUUACAGGUCUUUAGAUGGUGUUAAAGGCAUGAAAUUAAUGGUACACAAACAACGCUAAUUCAGAGGACAUUCAACAUGUGUUUGCAAAAAGGCAUCCUCUAAAUUAAGAAUGUCUCACAAAAUAGAAGUCUGCAUCCACUGAUAUUUAUCAUGCUACAUAAGCAAAAUCUCCUUUCUGCACUGUGAAUCUGGUGCAUUGCUACGGAUUCUUAUUCUCUAUGCAUAAUAUUUUUUCUUGUUCAAAAUUGACUGAUUCCGCCCAGGUCUGGUGAGCCUCUCCCAUUAAACAUUUCAAACUUUUUUGCUUUAAAAACCUAUAUAAAACCCUAUAUUUGUUCUGCAGUUUUUAAAAGAAUACAAAUUACUUUUAAUUACUUUUUGAUAAAUAUAAGUAUGAGUUCAAUCCCUUCUCUUGUAUUACAUAUCUGUAUAAAAUGAAGAUUGCAACAUACUCCAGUGACAAUACUGUUUCUCUUUCCUGCACGCUCCAUCCAUAGUACUAAAAAGAAAUGUAGGUCUUCACUAUAUUUUUCAUGACUUCAGUUUGUCGUUGAUUCUGGCCAAAGGAUUUAACAGCAUAAUUAUAUUAAAUGCAAAACUCUACUGGUUUUGCACUUAAUAUUAUUGCCCUUUAAAACGCUGCAUCCAGAACCUUCAAAUGCAUACUAUUAGCCAUAUUUUUUUUUUAAACGUUUAAAAUAAAAAUGUCCUGGCUUUCUUGUUGACUAGGAUACUAGAGCAAUGCUAAAUAUAAAGCUGGCUGUGAUAAAUAAGGACAGGACAUAUGUGAAAAUAGUAGAAAAACACAGAUAGAAAAACAAAAUCUACAGUAAACAAUUUGUCAGUGAUUCAAAUUUCAAUAUAAAAUUGCAUGUUGUGAUAGGUUUAUUAAUUUUUUUUACAAUAAACAAGUUAAAUGAGAUCAAAGUGUUAGACUAAAGUAAACAAAAAGGAAAGUACAAUCUAAAAUAAACAAUAAACAAAAUUUUACUUUUUCACUUACGGAGAUUUUAUACCAAGGACAAGUAUAAAGACUGGAUUUUAUAUUAUUGAUUUGCAAGGCUACAAUCUACUCUUGCUUUUCUAUUUAACAGAUAACAUCUUUCAGUGUAAAAAAAAUAAAUACAUAGAUUGUUUAUCUCAGUUUUUAUUCAAAUUCUCUCCUUACUGAAUAGCUAAAGAUCGUUCAUUCUAAACUCUUUUGCAAAAUUUUAAUAACACUGGAGACUUUCAGCUGUUGUUAAACUACCAACACCCACUAGCCUAAUAAACCUAUAUCUGACUACUAGAUGAAAAAUGAAACACUAUAAUGCAGACUACUUAAUUUUAGGUAUGCCCAAAUGCUUUCUACAGUAGUUUAUUAUAUUCUCAUCUAACCAAUUAUUUUUCUGCAAAAAUCAAGGACAUUUAUAGUGUUGCAAUGUACUGAAUAAUAUUGAAAAGCUGCAUUUCAGGAUGUUUUAUAAAAAAAAAAAAACAACCUACAUACAAGUUGAGCAUAGUUCAUAAAAACAUUUACACUUGAAUGGAAUGUUAAACUGAUAAGACCUAUAACUCACUCAUAUCACUAGCAUGCGCAUGCUGCAUCCAACAUUAGGUGUAAUAAAUAUUUAAAUGUUGAUUACAUUGUAAAUUGAAUAUCAAACAGGUUGUCAAUGACUAACCCAUACAUCUAUUUAAAUAUCCAGUAUUUUAUUGAAAUUACCUACACAAUUUUACAUAUAUUAUACACUCUCAUAAAUAAUCCCUUUGGAUAAAUUAAACAUAAAUACAGGUCUCCUAUAUCCAAAAUUUCAAAAUACAGAAUUUUUUGAGCAUGACUGAAAUAUGGACAAAUUUGCUUUUUGACGGUUCAAUGUACACAAACUUUGUGUAAAGUACAAAAUUAUUAAUAUUAUGGUAUAAAAUUAUCUUCAGGCUAUGGGGUAAAUUCAGUUACAGUAGAAACUUCCGUCUUGUCGGAAAGAUGGCAGUUUUCUACUUUUUUAGGUCAGAAGGGGUUUCGACCUAUUCAAUAUACCCCAGAAUUAUCUGACAAGUCGGGAAUUCCGACUUAUUGGAAAGCACGUGGAACGGCAGAAUAGCUGCCGAUCCGCGUGCUUCUGUUGUAAACGGGGUCAAAUCCGACAGGUUUUGGCCCUGUUUCCGACAAUCUCAAUCCGACUUUUAAAAAAGUCGGAUUGACGAGAUGAGACGGGGGAGCUAUAGGGGCAGCAGGGCACAGGUACUUCUAUAGCAGGGCGUCCCCCCGGCCAGGCUCUUUACUCCCGGCAGCCACUGACAGCGCUCCCCGGCCGCCACUGACAGCACACCCAGGUCGCCACCGACAGCAGCAGCAGGACGGGACACCGGGAAUGGCUAAAUCUGACAGUUGGAUUUGGCUCAAAUCCAACAGUUGGAUUUGGCCUCUCAUUGAAUAGGGCUUGUCGGAUCAAUUCCGACAAAUGCAUGUCGGAAUGGAUCCGACUUUAAUUGAAUUUACCCCUAUAUGUAAAAGGUGUAUAUGAAACAAAAUUAAUUUUGUGUAUGUACCCAAUCUUUGUUUCAUGCAGAAAAUUAUUAAGGUGUAUAUGAAAUAUAAAUGCAUUCUGUGUUUAGACUUGGUUUCCAUCCUCAAGAUAUCUCAUUAUUAGCAGAUAUUAUAGCAGAUAUUUCAAAAUGUGGAAAAAUCUGAUAUUCAAAAUAUUUCUGGUCCCAAGCAUAUUGGAUAUGGGAGACUCAACAUGUGUGUAUAUCAAGCACAUACAUAUAUAUAUACAGGUUGAGUAUCCCAUAUCCAAAUAUUCCGAAAUACGGAAUAUUCCGAAAUACGGACUUUUUUGAGUGAGAGUGAGAUAGUGAAACCUUUGUUUUUUGAGGACUCAAUGUACACAGACUUGGUUUAAUACACAAAGUUAUUAAAAAUAUUGUAUUAAAUGACCUUCAGGCUGUGUGUAUAAGGUGUAUAUGAAACAUAAAUGAAUUGUGUGAAUGUAGACACACUUUGUUUAAUGCACAAAGUUAUAAAAAAUAUUGGCUAAAAUGACCUCCAGGCUAUGUGUAUAUGGUGUAUAUGUAACAUAAAUGCAUUCUGUGCUUAGAUUUAGGACCCAUCAUCAUGAUAUCUCAUUAUGGUAUGCAAUUAUUCCAAAAUACGGAAAAAUCCCAUAUCCAAAAUACUUCUGGUCCUAAGCAUUUUGGAUAAGGGAUACUCAACCUGUAUAUAUAUAUAUAUAUAUAUAUAUAUAUAUAUAUUCUAAUCUAAGCAGGGAUCUAGGGAUCUAUCAUCCUACAGGUGUGUGUGUGUGUGUGUGUGUGUGUGUGUGUGUGUGUGUGUGUGUGUGUGUGUGUGUGUGUGUGUGUAUAUAUAUAUAUACUUUUUUUUUUUAACGCCAAUAUGUUUAUUUAUUGGCAGUAAUCAAAAUAAUGAUUCUUAUUUUGGGGCUGCAGUUUUCCAACACACCUGUUUAUUGCUGAUAGGAGUAGUGUAAAAUGAAAAUCAUCCAAGAAAGAAAUUGUAAAAAUAGAUCAUUUCAAUCCCAAAUAAAUUGAUUGUUUAAAUAGAUCACUACUAAAUUUCAUCCCAAAUAGAGUUUUUAAGCAUAUCUAUCAUAUUAGGGGGAGCUCCAUGUUGAGUUUUGAUCAGAGCAAUUUUAUCAUAAUAUGUUUUUGCCAGCAUCUAUCUUUAGUCUUGCCCUGUUAGAAAUCCAUCAAUAUAAACCAGAAGAUUAUUAUUCUUAAUAAGAGCAAAGAAGAAUUACAAUUCUUACUUAUGACUCAUCAUACUUGUAUCUUGCAUUUCUUAAUAUUAUAAAUGACUUAUUAUAAAUCUAUACAGCAUAGUAAGUCAAUUUUGCACAUUAUGUACAACUUAAAGGUAAUUAAUAAACUUUAUAAAAAAAAGUAUGUUGCUCUGGAACCAAUAAAAUGCUACUUUUGCCCUUUUUUCAAUAAAUAUUAUUUUGAAAUUAAUUUCCAGAAACCAUAGAAUCUAAGUGACCUUUAGUUACUCAGUGAUAAAGUGAUAAGUGCAGAAUAUAUAUAUAUAUAUAUAUAUAUAGAGAGAGAGAGAGAGAGAAGCGGGGGCUUUUGGGGUGGUACUCAGGGGUGUGAAUUACUGGCACUAUGUUUUUGGAGGAUCUGAUAUCUAUUUCUUAAAACUAGUUAAAGAAACAGGAAGAUUUCUACAAAAUCUAUUCAGGAAAAAUUUAAAUAAGUCUUGUACACUUAUAAAGCACAUAUAACUCUUAUGAAUUCUUUAUUUUAUGCGACUACUUGGACUUCUUUUUAUCGAUAAACACACACACACACACACACACACACACACACACACACACACACACACACACAUUUUUUAUCAGCAAAAAUAUUAUAAACAUUAUAAGAUCAAACAGUCACUUUUACUUUAUUAAUUUGUUUCACUGUUCCUGGAGAUCAUCUGUAUUAUUCUAUAAUUAAUGGAUUCUAGUGGAAGAUAAAAAGAAAACAUAAAGCAAUGUCAUCAAGCAGUAUGCACACUGCGAAAUGCACUGUAGUAGCUUGUUAAGUACUAAGCCACCAGGGUUCUUACUUUUACAAGUAUUACAACCCAAUAUAUCUAUGGAGGUUAUUAUUAAUGCAUAGACUAGAAUGCACCAUGCACAAAGCCUAAGCAUUCAUGAUGUUUGACAGAAUCAGUAGCACUGAGUUUUUGUGCAAUUUAUCUUUUCCUGUAUAUUAUUUAUGUUGUCUAAUAGUAUGUUUAUUUUUUUGCUCUGUAAAUAUAUAUAUGUAUAUACAUAUAAAUUUAUAUUUG